GUGCGUGUGUGUGGAGCUCGGGUGCCAAGGGCUAGCCGUCAGUCCCCGGGUGCGAGUCUCUGCUGUCUUCCACACCCUUCCUUCCUCCAGGCUCCUUUCCUACAUUCUUCCCGCGCCCCCACGGUCGCGGACCGAGCGAGAACACCCUUAAGCAGGUGUGGGGGGCGUGCGGGGCGGCACGAGACAAAAGGGGCACGGGGGUAAGCCCGCCAUGGCCUCCCGGAGCCUGGGGGGCCUGAGCGGGAUCCGCGGCGGUGGCGGUGGAGGCGGCAAGAAAAGCCUGAGCUCCCGCAAUGCUGCGGUGGAGAGGAGGAACCUCAUCACCGUGUGCAGGUUUUCUGUGAAGACCCUGAUUGAUCGGUCUUGCUUUGAGACAAUUGAUGAUUCUUCUCCUGAAUUUAACAAUUUUGCAGCUAUUUUGGAACAGAUUUUAAGCCACCGGCUAAAAGAGAUUUCCCAAAGUUGCAGAUGGCUGGCUCAUCUCCAAAUACCUCUUCAAGGUCAAGUAACCUGGUUUGGUUAUGAAAGUCCUCGUAGUUUCUGGGACUAUAUCAGAGUGGCUUGCCGGAAAGUUUCACAGAAUUGUAUCUGCAGCAUUGAAAAUAUGGAAAAUGUCAGUUCUUCUAGAGCUAAGGGUAGAGCCUGGAUCAGAGUAGCACUCAUGGAAAAACAUUUAUCUGAAUACAUCUCUACAGCUCUGAGAGACUUCAAAACAACCAGGAGAUUUUAUGAAGAUGGAGCAAUUGUCUUGGGUGAAGAAGCAAAUAUGCUUGCUGGCAUGCUGCUAGGACUCAAUGCUAUUGAUUUCAGUUUCUGCCUAAAGGGAGAGGGACUGGAUGGCAGCUUUCCUGCUGUAAUAGACUAUACACCAUAUUUGAAGUAUAUCCAAAGUUCUGAUAGUAUCAGCAGUGAUGAGGAGGAGCUAAGGACUUUGGGAAGCAGUGGUAGUGAAAGCAGUACUCCAGAGAAUGUCGGACCUCCUUUCCUCAUGGAUGAGAACAGUUGGUUCAACAAGUGUAAGAGAGUUAAACAAAAGUAUCAACUUACCCUGGAACAGAAGGGUUACCUUGAAGAACUCUUACGACUUCGAGAGAACCAACUAUCUGAAUCUGUCUCCCAGAAUAAAAUACUACUUCAAAGGAUUGAAGAUUCUGAUCUGGCCCAUAAACUGGAGAAGGAACAAUUAGAAUAUAUAAUUGUGGAGCUUCAAGACCAGCUGAAAAGUUAUCAAAGUCUUGACCAGUUAUCAGCAGAAGUUAGCCUUUCUCAGACUUCACUGGAUCCAGGUCAGUCACAAGAAGGAGAUGGAAAACAAGACACAUUAAAUGUAAUGAGUGAAGGUAAAGAAGAUACUCCCUCAUUACUUGGCCUCUGUGGAUCUCUAACGUCAGUGGCAAGUUACAAGUCUCUAACAAGCUUAAAAUCUAAUGACUACCUUGCAAGUCCUACAACAGAGAUGACAAGUCCAGGCCUAACUCCAUCCUGAAAAUUUUUAUGUAAAAGCCAAAAGUUUUUAUGUUGUAAAUGUUUAAUUUACGUAUGUUUGACUGCUGGGAAGACCUUUGAAAUUUUAUAUUGUUCUGGUACAUGUCUGAAAGUCUAUUGCUUAGAGAGAAUCCACUCCAGAUAAGAGAUUUUGAGUGAAAAACAAUGAUCCCGCCAUUUUUCAGUUUUAAAAUUCUUAUAUUUGUCAUUGAGAAAGUUUAGAAAGGAAUAGGCUUUAAAACAAAAAAACUUUCAAAGAUCCACCAAAUAGUUCAUAGCAAAUUGUACAUAUUGUUCAGCUGAUUUUUAUAUAUUUAAAUAUACCUUAGUGGCCAGAGACUGACUUCAAAGGUUUAUUCCAGAGACUUAAGCUAAGUAUUUUUUCAUUCUCUCAGAUUUUCAAAAAAAAAAAGUUAAUUUCAUUUUUUCAUUAAUUUCUUCGUAAGUUCUAUGCUUUAAAUGCCUUGUUUUUAAUAUCAGGGGAAAGUUCUCAGCUGCAUUCUCACAGUGGCUUAUUCAGUUUUUCUUCAAUAUUUACCAUUUGGUAUCAACUCAACAUUCCACUUAACAUUUUAUAAUUUCCACAGGAAUGUGUCUGUUUUGGUAGUUACUGAUUUAAUUUGUUAGUGCCACAAGGUAAAUUAUUUUACAGCAUUUUAUGCCAUUUAGGUAAAAUGAAUAAACUGUUUUUCAAGAUUUUCUUAAAAGAUUAUCAAUUUAAAAAUAUGAUCAAGUAUGCCUCAAAUACUAGACAUAUUUCAAAAUGUAGAACAAACGUUGAAAAAUUGUUUUGCCAGGAAAGAGUUCAAGUUCAGUUAAGGAUUUGAGAGGCUUUUAAACAAGGAUCAAUAGGGUAGUUAUCAUACUUGAUUAAUAUAUGUCUGAUAUUCAGUGCUGGUUCUUUUUCCUGUUUGUGCAACAAUGAAGUGUGUCAUGUGUUUUAUAGCCUCUAGCAUUAAUCACACAAUAAUCUCAUUUUAAAACAUUUAAAUGUUAAAAAAUCCCCACACUUAUGUACAGGUAAAAUUAGUUUUCUUUUUUUAAAACAAACAAAAAAAAAGUUGUAAUCUGUACUUUUAUUUCUUUUGGAAUUUUUGAAACAGCUACAUUAAUUCCUAAAAAUCCCACCAUACUGAAAAUGUAUGGCGUGUAUUUUCUAUAGUAAGUAAUAUGAGGAAAACAUGAUUAGCUGUGCCAAAGAAAUUUUAUACAUUGUUUACAUGAUGAGGCCACAGUACUUAUUGGGGACUUCAUAUGGUAUUUUUGUUUAUUGAGAAGAGUCAAGAACCGACGUUACCACAUUCAUUCUUUGUGUUAGAAAUGUAGGAGUGUGGUAGUUUUCUGCAAAAUUUACAGCUUAGUCUCAUAAUUUGGAAUUUAAGAUAGUAAGUAGUAACAAGGCAAGUCUUACAUGUAAGACAGUCAAACAGUGUCACUUCGGGGACAAAGGCCUGGAAGCCCUUAAAAUAAGUUAUCUUAGAUGUGCCAGAACAUAUUCAGAGCUUUAUUCCUUUAGCUUAAGGCUUUAAUACUUGUAGAAAUGCGAAUAUUCUUGAGAAAUGACACAUUUUUGUUCUCAGUUUCUCAAUUCUAUAUACCUGAUUGUGAGUGAAGUAUCCAAAGCAGGUUUUCAUCAGCUUGGGGGAUGGAAGGUAGGUAUAAUAGGACAAUGGAAACUUUGGGAGAAGGGAGUGAGGAAAUGGAUAAGGAGAAAUUUGAAAAUUUUAGCCCGGACUUGAGCACUAUUGCUGCUUUCCUAUGAACUAUCAGAAUGUUUAAAUGCUUUAUCAUUCAUGGUCCACUCUCAACUAACAUUUAUUAUCCUUUAGUAAUUAAACAAUGGUUUUACAUACAUUUUUAUAAUGUAGAAGGAAAUUCAAGAUUCCAUAAUCGUAAAAUUUUUCAGAUCUGUCUAAUGUAUAAUUUGUGCAUCUUAACAUGCUGCUAAAUGCAGAUUUAAACAUUACAUCUGAGGAUCAUGACUUUUCCUCCUUUCUUGGAGAUCUUGGUGUAAAAUUCAUCUGCUGUUAUAAAAUCAGGUUUCUACACAGUUCAUUUCACACUAAAGGUAGUUACUGUUUGCAUGAAGAAACAAUGUAUGUCUCAAUCUUUAAUUUUAGUUUGGUAGUGUUUACUGUUCACCCACCCCUCUUGCCUCCAAAAGAAUGCUGAAUUAUACGCCAAUAUUUCCAUGUGUAUUCUGUUGCCUUGAUGCAUACUAUACUUGUUGCAUGUAUAUUAAACAUUUUGUACUAUGCA